AAUUCGAUCAGAAAUCAGAAAAACCCUAGUAUACUCAAAACCUUGCCAUAUAUAUAGUCACAAAACCCUUCGAACCUUCUUUCUCUUUCGGUAGUAGAAGUAGUCAUUCUCUCCCAGCUCCGUCUCUUUCUCUCUCACUUUUGCUCCUAAAACCCUAUUGCGAUUCUUCCUCUCUCUUCAUUCAAUGGAGUUUUGGGGUGCUGAGGUUAAGGUUGGUGAGAUUGUUAAAGUAGACAACAAGGAAUCUGAUGUCUGCAUACACCUUUCUCAGGUUGCUCUUGGUGAGUCCAAGAAGGACAAAUCCAGUGAGCCUGUGGUUGUUUAUUUGAAAGUUGGAGAACAGAAAUUUGUUGUGGGAACCCUUAACAAGGAGAAGUUUCCUCAAAUUGCUCUUGAUUUGGUUGUUGAGAAGGAGUUUGAGCUUUCCCACACUUCCAAGAACGCCAGUGUCCACUUUUGUGGAUACAAGACACCUGUCGCUGAUGAUGAGGAGGAUGAUUUUUCAGACGAUAGUAGUGAUGAGGAUCAUCCAUUGCCAGUUGCACAAAAUGGAAAAACUGAAGUAAAAGUUGAGGAAGUAAAGGUUUCUCAAUCUAAAAAACCUGAUGCUCAGGCUGGUGCAUCAAAACAAGUAAAGGUAGUUGAACCAAAGAAAACAGAGGAUUCAGACGAUGAAUCUGAUGAGGAUGAUGAAAUUGACAGUUCAGAUGAAGAGAUGGAGGAUGGCGAGAGUGAUGAGGAGGGUGAAAGUGAUGAAGAUGAUGAUGAGGAAGAUACCCCACCCAAGAAGGUGGACCAAGGAAAGAAGAGGCAAAAUGAAUCCGCGACAAAAACUCCUAUUUCUAACAAGAAAGCAAAAAAUGCUACCCCUGAAAAGACCGAUGCUAAGAAAGGUGGCCAUACAGCAACUCCUCACCCAGCAAAGAAGGGUGGAAAGACUCCAAACAGUGAUGGCAAGGACACUCCCAAGUCUGGUGGACAAUUCCUCUGCAAAAGUUGCAACAAGAAUUUCAAUUCUGAAACUGGUCUCCAACAACAUAGCAAGGCUAAGCAUGGUCAGUGAUAUUGGAUUUUAAGCUGAUUCAUUUGGUAUUUUUGCCGGAUAUAUUAGUUUCGUAAUGUAAGAACUUUAGGUAUCGUUGGUCACAUUUUGACCUAGUAAGUUAUUAUGGGGUUCGCAUGUUUGAAAGUUUUGUUUUGACAUUGCUGGGCGUCACAAUUAAUUUCUUUAGAUGGUUUUCUGCUUCA